UGGACUGCGGCGGCGCAUUGUGGAAAUUUUUGGAAUGAAUUGAGGAGACGAAAAAGAGAAACUCGAUCACUCGCACACAGACUUCCUGUUAAAAAAGAAAUAAAAAAACAUAAGACAGCGUCCUCGGCUGCAACAGCGAAGCCGGGCUGGAGCAUGCAUAUGCGGUGCCUUGAUUAAGCCAGGGCGGAGACACAGCCGGUGAGAGAGACGGGCAGGAAACCAGGGAGCGCGGAGAGAAAGCAGGAUAAGCAUUGCGGCGGACGAGCUUGCAAUCGCCCGCCUGCUCCGGUCUGGCUUUCGCUGCCGUUUAAAAGCAGGAAAUCGCCGCGGUGCGCUCUCGCCGCCUCUUCCCAGCGAGUCACCGGCUAGCAGCUUGCAGCUCGGAUCGCUGUGGUCUGACACACGUUGUACUUGUUACAGUUAUAACUUCAGAUCGGGAUCUUACGCAUAAAAACAGACCACCUGCACGCCGGGAAACAUGAGCGAGACGAGCAUCUGCCAGGCUCGUGCCACUGUCAUGAUCUACGACGACGGCAGCAAGAAGUGGCUCCCAGCAGGCACUGGGGCACAGGUCUUGAGCAGAGUGUAUAUCUACCACAGCCCUGUUGGGAACUCCUUCAGAGUGGUGGGGCACAAGAUGCAACCAGACCAGCAGGUUGUAAUAAACUGCCCGAUCGUCAAGGGGCUCAAGUACAAUCAGGCCACUCCCAACUUCCACCAGUGGCGGGAUGCACGGCAGGUCUGGGGGCUCAACUUCAGCAGCAAGGAUGAGGCAGUCGUGUUUGCUGGUGGCAUGAACCAUGCUCUGGAGACCCUGAGCGCGGGGGACAGCGGAACACUCCCCUCCCCCCGCAUUCAGAAUGGACCAACCCCAGAGGAGCUGGAGCAGCAGAGAAGGCAGCAGCUGUUGGAGCAGCAGCAGCGUCAGGAGCAGCUUGAGAGAGAGCAGAGAGAGCAGCUGGAGAGGGAGAGGAGGUGCUCCAGUGCAGCCCCUAGCCACUACCUCUCUCCCCCUAGUGAUCUACUUAGUCCAACUAAAUACGUCGCCAUAGCACUUGGAGGAGGCCCGCCUCCGCCUCCUGCCCCGCCCCUCCCCUCUGGAGGAGCCCCGCCUCCUUCGUCCGGGGGAGGAGCCACCGGCCUGGCCGCCGCCCUCGCAGGAGCCAAGCUGCGCAAAAUGGCCAAGGAGGAAAGCCCCGCCUGCAAGGCUGAAGGCAGUCGCAGCUCCACUCUGCCAACAGGAGGCAGCGGUGGGGGAGGGGGCGGCGGGGGGCUGAUGGGUGAGAUGAGCGCCAUCCUGGCCAGGAGGAGGAAAGCCACUGACAAAGGAGAGAAGGUGGUUCCCAAGAAAGAGGAGGAAUCUGCAAACGACGAUUCGGAUUCUCCCAGUUCUAAACCCUUCAGUAGCUCAGAUUCGAUGAGGAGACCCUGGGAGAAAGCAGCCACAAUGCCCAGGAAUAACUCUGUGCCGAAGAGCCUGGACUCCCAGAGUUCCCCCCAGUCUGCCUUCCCCCUCUCCAGAUUGAAGUCAGUGACCACCAGCAGCAACAGCACAGAGGGGCCAAGUCCUGAUGAUUCGGAUCUGGACAAAAUGAAGCAGGAGAUCCUAGAGGAAGUGAGGAAAGAACUGCAGAAAGUGAAAGAGGAGAUUAUUGAAGCUUUCAUCGAGGAGCUGAAGAAAAGGGGCUCCUCCUAAGAGAGAGAGAGAGAGACGCCAAACAGAAGAGCGACCACUGAGAGAGCGACCGCAGGAGUGAGAUUCACUCGCACUCUCUCUCUGCCAAGAGCCUUCGUCAGCCAGUCACGCUUGAAAAAUAAAACCAAUCAAAUAGUACAAUCUGUAACCUGCUUUAAACUGGAGCUCAGAGCCACUGCCAGACAAACUCACACACACUCACCCCUGCUGUCUCCUGGGCUUGCCAGCGGGCAGAUCGAUUCAUCAGAAUACAAUAAGAAACUUCAGGGAUCACAAUGUGGUGAGACCUCACUGAACUAGCCGGCCCUCGCUUAGCAUUCCACUUAUAAAAGCUGGUUCAGGAGGCUUUGGAAAUUGUGUUUUGCUCGUAUUUGUUUUGUUUUUUUUAUGUAAUUUAGCAGAAGGUGGUUUUUAAUAAAAGCUUUCUUUUCAUCUGAAAACGGACGGGGCGAAGGAUUCCUCUGCCCCGCCUUUCACCUCUCCUGAGAAUGCUGACUGAGGCUUCCAGAUCCCUCCUCUGAUUAGCGCAGCAGCAUUGUCACGGCUCCCCUGCUGUAUUUGUGUCUGUGCAGAUGUUUCAAAGACAAUGCUGCAUGGGAAGUAGGAUGCAGCAGUUCAUCUGUAGUGUUUGAAAGAUUUGCAAACACAAAAUUGGCCGUGUUUACAAUGACUUCUGAUGCCCUGUCUCCUCGCCUCAGGAUUAAACAGUAGACAGGGCACUGGAUUAUACUAGGGACUGGCCAGAAAAUUAGAAACACCCGCCAUACCACUGUCAACAGGGUGUGGGCAGCGAGUCAUCAACCUUGGAAUCAAAGGGAAAUAACACUUUAAAAGGGAUUGUUUUGUUUUAGCCUUUACUGAUUUAAUAGAAGCCUUUGUUUCCUUCAGGAGUGAAGCUGCGUGGGUUGGGAAUGUGUAAAGAUGGUUCAUUUUGAAUUGACUGGAAAACAAUAAAUAAACCCAGUGCCCCCCCCCCCCCCCCCCCCCAUUAAAAACAGUAGCAUACUGUCCCGUAGACUGAAUUAAACACUACAGUGUUCCUGUUUAUUUCAGACUCUCUCUUACAUGAUGUGCAUUCAGCGAUUCGUUUGCGAAUUCUGUUACAUGAACGUACAGGAACGUGGACGUUUCUGCAAGCAGAGUUUGUGUGAAUAGUCAAAUACUGUUCUCAGCGCAGAGAACGCGGUCUGUUCUCCUGAGUCUCAGUCUCUCUUCUCAGUGCGGUCUGUUCUCUGUUCUCAGUGCGGUCUGUUCCCUUGAGUCUCAGUCUCUCUUCUCAGUGCGGUCUGUUCUCUGUUCUCAGUGCGGUCUGUUCUCCUGAGUCUCUGUUCUCAGUGCGGUCUGUUCUCCUGAGUCUCAGUCUCUCUUCUCAGUGCGGUCUGUUCUCCUGAGUCUCAGUCUCUGUUCUCAGUGCGGUCUGUUCUCUGUUCUCAGUGCGGUCUGUUCUCCUGAGUCUCAGUCUCUGUUCUCAGUGCGGUCUGUUCUCUGUUCUCAGUACGGUCUGUUCUCCUGAGUCUCAGUCUCUGUUCUCAGUGCGGUCUGUUCUCUGUUCUCUGUUCUCAGUGCGGUCUGUUCUCCUGAGUCUCUGUUCUCAGUGCGGUCUGGUCUCUGUUCUCAGUGCGGUCUGUUCUCGUGAGUCUCAGUCUAUGUUCUCAGUGCGGUCUGUUCUCCUGAGUCUCUGUUCUCAGUGCGGUCUGUUCUCUGUUCUCAGUGCGGUCUGUUCUCCUGAGUCGCUCACACAGAGAAAGAGAGAGAGCAUACGGACCGCAGAGUGUGUGCUGCACAUGGCAGGAGGUUUUCUAUGUAUAUCUGAACCCAGGCACACCCACAGAGUGAUGUCAGACAAGACAGACCAAUCUCAAACUGCGUAGCUGAGAGGAGUCAGGAUGUGGUUUCUAGCACCACAGUGUGGAGGGAGGGGGAUGAGGUGCCUGGAAGACAAAGGGAAAGGAUUUUUUUUUUUUUUUUUUUAAUUGCUAAAUUUUUAUUUCAGUUAUUCAUAUGAGAGGAAGCAAGUUAGCCUGCUGUCUGUGUGCGCGACCUAGCCUGUGGAACAGAGAGAGGUGAAAGGCAGGAAUCCGAAGCCAGUGAAUCAGUCUGAGCUAUUUUCCUAUAAACAAGCAAUGCCAGUCCACCUGUCUCCUGUCCAGCUUGAUUUAUACCUGUGCCAAACACCACACUGCUGUACACAGGGGAGUGGGGCCUGCUGACAGUGGUUCUGAGAGUCCAAUCUCUUUGUUUUGUAUUUUAAUAUAUAAAGAAAAAAAAAAUCAGUUUGGCUGUUGGCCACUUUUCUGCUACUGCCUUUGAAGAAUGAAAUAUGAUAUAAAUAUGUUUUUUGUUUUUCGGGAAAGAAUCCUAAACGACCUACUGUGUGUUUUUCUAUUUUAUUUGAGGUUUACGGUGAAUGGUAUUGGGGGUUUUGAAUGUUUUAUUUUUGAAUGAGAAUUUAAUUUUUUUCUAUUAGAUUACAGAUUUAGCAUUUUUACACUGAAAUACGUUUGUCAGAGCGAAGAAAGCACCCAGAUACACUGGAAUUUAUUGAUGCCUUUGUAGCCAAAUACAGCUGCUUCCUGUACUCACA